AUGACAGAAAACGAACCUCUACCAGUUUUUAUAACCGAUAUAUUACAAAAUCCCAUACCACAGUACCUCCUGGGAGUUCUUCCAGCAAUUCUAAUUCUCGGCGAUUCGCCGUUUUUGACAUCGCUUUCAAAGACAUUGCAUGUAUUCAUAUGUCUCGGAUGUCCAUUUGCCGGCUUAUUUUAUUUUCUUAAUAUAAAUACAAAUCUAAAUCAGAAUGACGUUAAUAUAGAUUCGUGCGCAUAUUGGCUUCCGGCAGACCGUUUUUAUGGUGGCAGGUGGCCGUUCGGUUUUCAUGCUCGACGCAUAAAUUGUAAUUCUGAUAUUCGAAACAUUCUCGAAAGAUGCAUAUCAGUCAUAUCGACUUUGGAUCGUUGCGCUUGCCUAAUAUCGCUUUACUUUAUAACUAUUGGGAUAAUAGUUGGAAUAAUCAGGGCGAUAGGCCCAUGCUACGUUCAGCAAGACUGGCCGUCUAUUCCAUUACUAUUAGUAUGGACAUUUCCGGCUCUUCUCGUAAGACUCGUUCAAGGAAAGACAGUAGCCAGAAACCCAAUCGAUGAAUUGCAAAACGUCGAGGAAACAAUCGAUUUGCAACCCGUUUGCAUCGAGGCUGCUCAAAAAAUACGAGCAAAAGUUGUGAUGAUAUUGGUAUUGUCUAUAGCAGCUCAUUGGUUGGCAGUGCUCAUUACUUUUUAUACUCGUCCAAUAGGGUUUGGGUGUCGGUCUAAAUAUCUUACAGUAAUUUCGUCUAUCUGGACAUUUAACAACAUUGUCUGCUUUAUCUUUUACUACCUAUUGGAUCGCCCACCACCCGGAAUAGAUACCGAUAAUGAUUAUAUUCAUAUUUGGUUUCAAAUAUGCGGGAAACUAGUUGCAACGUUUUUAAUUGCGUUUGGUGUGUUAAGCCAUGAUUCGUCAUGGUGGGUUUCUGUGUUUGGAAAUUCCUGCAGCAUUUCGUCUUGUACUGAGGAGGGUGAACAAAGCAUGCUUUGA